CUCUUGUUUGUGGUUUUAGUCCACUAAUGGCGUGUCUUCCGGUACCACACGUUACAACAUCAAAAUGGCAAAGAAAAAGGGUGAUGAUAAAGUGAAUCCCGCUCCACAGAGUGACAAUGAAGAGCAAAAUCUUGAGGAGGAGCCAGAUUUUGAUGAUCCGGAGGGAUUUGUGGAUGAUAUAACCGAGGAAGAAUUGUUAGCGGACCUUUUAGAACAGAAACCGAAGGAAUCGGACGGUUACGAGAAUGUUAUCAUAGUUGACGGAUGCCCGCAGGUAGGGCCGGAACGUCUGGAGAAGUUACAAAGUGUAAUCAAUAAGAUCUUUAGCAAGUUUGGCAAGAUUGUCAACGAGUAUUAUCCCACAAAUGAAAAUGGGAACACAACGGGUUACAUCUUCCUUGAAUAUAGUAAUCCGCAAAACGCCGCCGAAGCAGUACAAGCCACAAACAACUGUAAACUAGAUAAACAACAUACAUUCUUAGUAAACCUAUUCACUGACUUCAAAAAGUAUGCUGACAUCCCCAAAGAGUGGGAGCCACCUGCGCCUCAGCCGUUCAAGGUCCAAUCAGACCUGCAAUGGUACCUGAUGGAUCCUGAUGCAUAUGACCAGUUCCUCGUCGGAAUUGGUACUGGUGUGGCUCUACAGGUGUGGCAGAAUGCUCUUCCGGAGCCUGUUGUGUUGCAGGAGAGACCGAAUUGGACUGAAACAUACGCAGUAUGGUCGCCACUCGGUACGUACCUGGCUACCUUCCACUGGAGGGGUGUGGCACUGUGGGCGGGGCCCAAAUUCAGUCAGUUUCAAAAAUUCUCUCACCACGAGGCUCGGUUCAUCUCCUUCUCGCCAUGUGAGAACUACCUUGUCACAUUCUCACCCAACAGUGACAGGGGAGAGGAUAAGAAACUAAUUAUUUGGGAUAUCAGGACUGGUCAAGAGAAGCGUAGUUUUCCACCGCCAGAGGAGUACGUGACGUGGCCCAUAUUCCGCUGGAGCAAAGACGACAGGUUCUUCGCAAGGCUCAGCACUGAUAUGCUGUCCGUUUACGAAACGCCAAGUUUCGGUCUGUUAGAUAAAAAAUCUAUUAAGAUUCCUGGUAUAAGAGAUUUCUCUUGGUCACCAUCUGACAAUGUGUUGGCAUACUGGGUAGCGGAAGACAAGGAUGUCCCCGCUCGUGUUACACUCCUCGAACUGCCCAACCGUACUGAAACAAGAUCCAAGAAUCUGUUCUCCGUAGCCGACUGUAAGAUACACUGGCAGAAGAGCGGUGACUACCUCUGCGUGAAAGUUGACCGGUACUCCAAAGUCAAGAAAGACAAGAACGAGAUAAAGUAUUCUGGAAUGUAUUAUAACUUUGAAAUAUUCCAUAUGAGGGAGAAAGAGAUUCCGGUCGAUUCCGUGGAAAUCAAGGAACCGAUUCAGGCGUUUGCUUGGGAGCCAAUUGGAUCCAAGUUUGCGAUUAUACAUGGCGAUCAAGCGAAUAUUUGCAUCAGUUUCUACCAAGUUAACACCGGUCAGGCUCCGACGCUGCUGAAGAAGUUUGAGAAGACAACCUUCAAUCAUCUCUUCUGGUCACCCAUGGGUCAGUUUAUCGUGCUAGCCAACUUAGGUCUGACUGGUGGUGCGCUAGAGUUCUUGGACACUAAUGACUUUACAAUAAUGAAUGUGUCGGAUCAUUACCAGAUGUCCGGCAUUGAAUGGGAUCCUACGGGUCGUUAUGUGGUGACAGGUGUGUCCUCACUCAAGUGUAAGAUGGACUGCGGCUACUAUCUUUGGUCCUUCCAAGGAAAGAUUUUGAGGAGAGUAAUGAAAGAAGGAUUCGCUCAGUUCCUCUGGCGACCUCGCCCGCCGACGCUUCUGUCUGAUAAACAACAGAAGGAAAUUAAGAAGAAUCUUAAGAAAUACUACUCCCAGUUCGAAUCCAAGGAUCGUAUGAGGAGCAGUAAAGCUAGCAAGGAGCUGGUGGCGAAGCGCACGGAGCAGAUGAAGAAGCACGUGGAGUACCGCGAGGCGAAGUCGCGCGAGUGGGCCGAGCAGAAGCCGCGCCGGCUCGAGCUCAGAAACUAUGUCGAUACUGACGGUCUCGACACCGACCAAUCUAAUACUGUGGAGGAGGUAGUUGAAUUCUUUGUGAAAGAGGAACAAACCGUCAUCGAGUAGUCAACAUAGAGCCCCCGCCGGGGCGGGGGGUCGCCCCUGCCUCACGUUUUUAAUAAACGGACAUACAAGCAUACAAGUUUUUUUAUAUCACCCCAUACUGUCACAAUGUGUAAUGUAAUUCAGUUAAAUUAUACAGCUAAUGUUUAUAGAAGUAAAAUUAAAUUCGUACGUUUCAAAAA